GUUAAAUCAGGUUAAAGCAGCGCUCUGUGUUAUCGGCGCGAGCAGCAGCUUCCGGUUACAUGUGAGCAGUGUGGUGAGGAGACACCACCAUGGAUAUCCGACCAAACCACACGAUUUACAUCAACAAUAUAAAUGAUAAAGUCAAGAAAGAAGAGAUGCAGCGGUCGCUCUACGCGCUCUUCUCUCAGUUCGGUCAGAUCGUCGAUAUCGUGGCGAUGAAGACCAUGAAGGCGAGGGGUCAGGCCUUCGUCGUCUUCAAAGAGCUCGCCGCCGCCACCAACGCACUGAGGCAACUUCAGGGCUUCCCCUUCUACAACAAACCCAUGAGGAUACAGUACGCAAAGACAGACUCAGAGGUCAUCGCCAAGGCGAGAGGCACGUUUGGCGACAAGGAUAAAAAGAAGGACAAGAAGAAGAAGCCUCAGGAGCCGCCAACCAGCAUGCUAAAGAAACCGGCAGGAUCAACAUCUCCUCCACACUCCGGUUCAGCACAGGUGGCGGAUAAUCCUCCAAACUACAUCCUGUUCCUCAACAACCUGCCUGAAGAGACCAACGAGAUGAUGCUCUCCAUGCUGUUCAACCAGUUUCCCGGUUUCAAAGAGGUGCGACUCGUCCCGGGGAAACACGACAUCUCCUUCGUGGAGUUUGAGAGUGAAAACCAGGCGGGCGUGGCUAAAGACGCGCUGCAGGGCUUCAGGAUCACAGCCACCUGCGCCAUGAAGAUCACGUACGCCAAGAAAUAGAUCCCCGGAGUUUAAUCCAGGGACGCAGAGACUCUGUGAGGGGGGGGGGAUGGGGUCCCUUUCUGUCCGUUCGCUUUUAUUUCUGUAAAUCGUACAUCUCCUCCUUUUUUCUUUUUUUUUUCUAUUAUUACUUUUUGUUGGGUAAAUUGUCGUUGUUGAGGUCAGGCGAAUGAUCACUGGCCUAAAUCUUUUUUUGUAAAAUAAAAGGCUUUUACAUAUA